AUGGCUAUCAUGAAGCUGGCGGCCUGGCUUUGGUGGCUCUUUGCGCAAAGAAGUGGGCAGCACACCUGGCACCGCACUUCCAGUGAUCUCCGGGGUCAGCUUAUUGCGUUCCCAUUCGUGUCUGGCGCAGAGAGCUUGAGCACCAAAGUGUUGUACAGCGCUCCCGUGGGAAUGCUGCAGAACUUCAAAGACAUGGACAUGCCCAUGUGUUCCCUCCGAAAUGGAGCCUGGGCGAUUUUGAGGUGGUCUUCGAAACAGAAUUCCUUCACGGUCUUCUUGUUUGAAAAGGUUCCUCUGCAGUAUGACCUGAGCUCCGCUAAAGAGCUAGCGCUGGAUGCUCCCCUUCCAGAUUUGGCCAAUGACUCCGAGAUACUGGAGCUGGAUGAUGGCUUGGCUCUGCGAGUGCGCGACCACUUCCUCUUCUGGAGCGCAGAUGCGCUCCAGCGAGGCGGCCCUCCGUUUGCAAGGGUUUCGGCAGACCCGAAUGCAAUUUUCCGUGGCCCCAGCAUUGCAUGCUGCGGGGGCGUGCUGGUUCGGGAAAACCUUACACACGCUGAAUGUCAGUAUCGCCUGUUCAUCAUUUCGCCAGCUCAGGCGGGUGGACAAGUGUCCAGUCACGUGGUUCUCAAUGGGACUUCUACAGACUUUGUGACCGCAGAGUCGUUGCCUCAGGGCGGCCUUGCCUUGGCUUUUUACAUCCCCGCUGGUUUACCUUUACCAACUUUAGAUAUUCAGAUCUUUGAUAAGUCUGCUGUGUUGAGCGGUGGCCCGGCUUCUUUUCACAUCCCGCAGAAGACGAUGUUUGAUACUCCUCUUAUGAUGGCUAGCAUGGCCUGCGUGAAUGACGUGCUGGCGCUGGUCGAUCCGGGAUUUCUUCAAAACUAUCCAGAUCUCGUCUUCAUUCUCUUGGGAAACCCACAGCACUGGUGGAAGACAGCAGUGCGAUGUGACGCUAAAUCCCCAGUCCAAGUUCGUGCCCUCGCCCUCCCAGAUCACUUGCUGGCCAUAGGGUGUCAGAGCUCCGAAGGUGAGACAGCGGUGCAAGUAGGAAUUUACAACGUGACUGCAAACGUCUCCCUUGUGGGAGCCCUUGACCUCGGUUCAAUGGGGUCUGCAGCCAGCGACUGGUACAUCUUCAAUUACUCCAGGGCGGUGAGGGGCUACGUCAACUUCUGGACCUUCAUCAACAUGUCAGAUGUUCCUGAUGCUCCUCUACUUGGUGAUGUAGUGCCGCUGGGUGGAGGUUUCGGAGUGCAGCGUUCUGAAGAUUCGAUUUACUCGCAGCUAGAUGAUUUCUUCAUCUUCAUGUUCGAUGACCGGGGCCCACCAUGGAAGCCCAGAGCCGCGGCCCCGCGACAGAUGAGGGCUUUUUCGGGCCACUGGGUGCCUUUGGAAGAGGAUCUCCUGCUCUACUAUCAAUCCGAUGGAGCCAACCAAGUUUGGAGCAUGGAGAGCGACGCAUCCCCGCAGGAGCUCUGCAAUUGUUCUGUCUUUGGAAGAAGCCAUUCUUUUUCUUCUGUGUCUGCAAGUGACGAGGGCACCGUCGCUUUUCAGUUUCUUUAUUCCAACACUGUCUAUCUAUUGCGGUAUUGGGGCCCUGCCCUUCUGACUCUUUCAUCCUCCAGGGCAUUGCAAGCUGCUGUGGAGGUCGGCAAUGGAUUUGCGUCGGUGAUGCCUUUGGCGGAUGGGGGCUUGCUCGUGGGCUCUCAGCACCAGCUGCAGGUUUAUGAGCCCACCAGCGUGCAGCCAGGAGGCACUGCAAAACCAUCUUUCCAGCUUGAAACGAGUGCUCCGGCCCGCAACAUCCAGGUAGUGGCUAAAGAUUCUGCAAGGGUCCCGGAGUACCUGAUUUUGGACAACAUGAUUUACAGGAUGGGAGGCUGUCCAGACAUGAAAUACGGAGAGCGCGGGGCCUGCAAGCCUUGCCCAGCUGGGUUGGUGUCACUUCAAGGCUCCACUUCUUGCGCUUUUCGAUCUGGAUGGCGUGUGUUUUGCGCCUUGAGCCUCAGUUUGGUAUUUGGCUUUGCCUCCGUGGUCAUUGGUAGCCGUGUCGAUGGUGUCUUGGAGCCACAAUCUCAGUGCUUCAAAGCCGCCUGGGGCUUGGCCUUUUCCUUGGUUCUGCUCCCGGUGGUGUGCCGAAUGCUGCGCAACGGCCUGCUUGUAGCAACACUUUGCAUUGCACUGCUGUGCAUUGCAAGCGGCCUUACUGCUGUCAGGUACCAGCAGCUGGACAAGCAUUUUCGCUUGGCUGUGCUUUGGAAGGCCAGCAUGCUGGCGUGCAAGACUGUGCUCCUGGCCAUGCCCACCCCGAGCGCACAAGUCUUGAUGGACUCUAUGCUGAGUUGUGGCGCUGAUGCUUUCUGCCCUGAUAGCUGCCUCAUGGGGGGAGGCUACUCCGCUUCUGUAGGCUUGAAGUGCAGGUGCAUUAAAGCAGAAGCGAACAGCCUGAUCCAAGUGCUGAAUUGGAUGGCUGGCGUCGUCCUUUGCGGGCUGACUGUUCAAGACCUAGCUGGCUUUGGAUCAGCCUGGCUGGUUCCGUGGGAGGUUUCCCCUUUCAACCGGACAUGUGGAGCCAUUGCGCUUGUUGGUGCUGCCGCGAUCAACAUCAUCAGCUGCAUCUUCGCGAUCCUGCUCGCGACGGCUCCUGCCUACUGCUACCUGGGCGGCCCCUCGUUGAAGACAUCUGUCGUAGUACCUCACAGUGUUUCAGCUCUGACCGCACCCAAGGCAACAACUAUGGUGCUUCCUGUGCUGCCCUUGAUGCUGCUCGCGAAUGAAACCCGAUGGAUCAUCGCCACCUACAAGAGGGACGCGGAAGCGGCGAGCAAAGCGCUGAUUUGGUCAGCCUCAGGCUCCCGAGUUCUGAGUCUUCUGACCCUGUUGGGCGCAGUUUGGUCUGCUGUUUCCAUGUGGCAAAGGCCCCCCAAGGAGACUGGGAGCCUCUGCCGCGGUGUACAGUGGAGCAUGGUGGGCCUUUUCCUUUUCACGGCUCCCUGUUCCCUUGCAUGCGCCCUGCUCCGCGCUGCGCGCAGCGACGAGGCUCCCUUACGUGCUGAGCUGGGUGCCACGCCAGGCUGA